GCAAGUACCGGGCCCACGCCCUGGCCACAGCUUUGUCGCGUCCUCCCUUUUGUGAUCGGCUCCCGUCCCGGCCUCGGCCCCCAGCACCCCGAACGCAGACCCCGGAAGUGCACGUCGGCGGCUCUCGUUAAGAGCCUGAGAAGCUAACUGAGGCCAAUCACAUUUCAGAAUCUCCACUGUCUGAUACCAGCGGCGCCAAGGAUGAACUGUUCUAACCAGAUGCCCCUCUACUCUUGAUGGUACACCUCUCCCCAGAAGAGAAGAGAGGGAGGGUGGCCAACUUGAUCCAGCUGAAGCAUCUCCAGGAGGCCUCCUCUGGAUGUCCCAUCGAGGCUGCCCUUCUGCUACAACGAGGAAUUGGUGAUCCCCGAGCACGUGGACAUGGCUUUGCUCAGCAAUAUCCUAGCAGCCUAUUCCUUUGUCUCAGGCUACUCUGGGGAGAAAGAAUAUUGGAGCUAGAAAAGAGAUGUUUGAAACCAGAAAAUCCCGAGCGAGCAGCUUUGUACUUUGUCUCUGGCGUGUGCAUCGGGCUGGUCCUCACCCUGGCUGCCUUGGUGAUGAGGAUCUCUUGCCACACAGACUGCCGGCAGCCUCCCCAGAAGAAGUUCCUGCAGGACCGAGAGAGCAGCAGCAACAGCAGCGACAGUGAGGAUGGCAGCUCGGACGCCGCCUCCGACAUCUCGAUCCGGAGACAUCGCCGCUUCGAGAGGACUUUGAACAAGAACGUCUUCACCUCAGCGGAAGAGCUGGAGCGCGCCCAGAGGCUAGAGGAGCGGGAACGCAUCAUCAGGGAAAUUUGGAUGAAUGGCCAGCCGGAAGUUCCCGGCACCAGAAGCCUGAACCGUUACUACUAGGGGCUGGGUCAGGACCCCCGCACCGCUGUUAGCCUCCUGGGAGACAAAGGGUCCCCAGGGAGGGUGGCCACAAAAAGCCCAACGCGGUUCUGCUAUUGUUAGGGCCGCAGAGAGGAGCGGGACACCCCCAUUUUCUAGCCAGAAGGAUUGAUUUCACCCUUUUAGACUCAAUUUAUGGAGACGUAGAAAAACCAAGUUGGUUCAUCAACCUUUCCAGGUGCUGAAAACCCGCUCCGCUCCAACACUGUGGAUGGAGAUGAGAGAAAUGGAAUUGUGGUUUCUCUUGAUUUCUGAGGCUCUCGGGCGUUUUUUCAGACUUCAUUGCGAUGUGUUAUUUCUUUGCAAAAGGAAACAUUAUUAUAGCCUGAGGGCUAGGAAGAGCAGGGUUAACCUAACACAGUAAAUGCAAUGUUCUAGAUGACUCCAUGCUAUGGAGGUGAUUUUUGAUCCAGAUAGCAUGAUCCGUACUUAUUAUUUAAGGCUGAUUUUUAAAAAUCUUGUGUUGCAGUGGCAACCUCGUCCAUUUUAACUGGCACCUCAGGGAUUCAAAUCCUAUUUUUUAUUACAGUUCCCACUUCACUCAUGAAAAUGAACACUGUAUUAUAGGAGAUGUGUCAGUGAACUCGGAAAAUGGCAAUAACCUCAAGGAUGAAGAGUUUUAUUUUAAAUAUAAAGAACAUGUUAACAUGCACAUUCAAAAAUGCUGCACAAGAAUAAAAGCUGUGUUCCCCCCCCCCUUGUUAUGACUAGAUAAUCAUGAUUUUAAACAUUUUGUUAAAAAAAUGAAUUUGGAUUUCUAAGAAAAAAAUGAGAAUGGGAGGUGAGCAAUAAAGCCCAAAUUUUAGAUUGGGAUAAAAAAUAAAUGUUACCUAAGAUCUC